AUGGAGAGAAGGGGGAUGGGUUGCAGAAAGAAUAAGAACUCAGAAUGGAGAGAAGGGGGAUGGGUUGCAGAAAGAAUAAGAACUCAGCAGCAGCAGCAGCAGCAGCAGCAGCAGCAGCAGCAGCAGCAGCAGCAGCAGCAGCAGCAGCAUAGCAACAGCAGCAGCAGCAGCAGCAAGAGCAGUAGAAGCAGCGAUAGCAGCAGCAGCAGCAGCAGCAACAGCAGCAGCGAUGUAGCAACAGCAAGAAUAGCAUCAGCAGCAGCAACAGCAACAGAAACAACAACAGCAACAGCAACAGCAACAGCAACAGCAGCAGCAGCAGCAGCAGCAGCAGCAGCAGCAGCAGCAGAUGUUUUUGUUUGUGUUCAGAGCAUCGAAGACGGCCUCGUGUUGCUGCUGCUGCUGCAGCAAUUGCAGCAGCAACUGCAGCAGCAACGGCAGCAGCAGCUGCAGCAAGAACAGCAGCAGCUGCUGCAGCAGCAGCUGCAGCAAGAACAGCAGCAGCUGCUGCAGCAGCAACAGCAGCUGCAACAGCAGCAGCUGCUGCAGCAGCAGCAGCAGCUGCAGCACAAAACAGAAAACCCGAUAGAAAAGAAUAAUAUAAUUUUUGUUUUGUCUAUCUUUUCUCUCUUUGUUUUGUUUCCAUAUAUAAAUAUAAAUAAAUAA